AUGCCAGUUUGUUCACACCGCUCGAAAGCGUUUUCUGUGUCAGAUGCAUCAUCAUCUGAAGAACAGCCUUGGGAGAAUAGGCCGUCCAUCACAGGGAACGUAUUCGAUGCGCAACCCCCUCUUACGCCUCGUGGGAUCCUCCGCCAGCCGCGUAGCAGCUCGCAAGUACGCCCCUGCACCACUGCUCUUCAGCCGCCGAGUCCUUCGUCUAGGACACGCACUCCCCCGCGUGAGUACGCCGCAGGCGGAAAGCUUCAUUCUCUAGCAGAUGAAGUUUCCACGGCGGACAUUCCUCGCCAGCAACACUCCUCUCUCGCUCUUUCCUCCAAGAAGACUCCUCCCACGACUCAUUCGGCACCUCAAGCUCGCCCAGAUCCCAAUGUGGCGAAGCCGCUCACACCCAAGCUCAAACAGGGCACACCCGCUCGUCGCCCCUCCUCCUCCGCCGACCCCGCGCCAUGCCCGCCCCUCUUUCCACUCGUGCACCCACGGUUCCAUGCGAUUCACUCCACCGACAUCGACGCCGAUCGCCUCGCACGUGCAUGUGGUCAGCUGCCGGCUGCGCCUGCUCCCGAACGCCCCCGUGCGGCGUCGUGCAAUAUGCUGUCGAGGACCGCCAUCAUAGCGGGGCGGGAGGAAGACGCGGGGCUCGCAUCUGAUCUCGGGUGGGCUGCCGGGUCGAGCGCGGACGUGGAUACAGAUUUUGGCAAUGCGCGGACAAAGAGCAGGCGUGCAAAGUCUAUGCGUAUCCCACAAUCCUCGAGUUGUAACGCUUCCACUUCCACCUCGUCCGACAGAUCUGCGAGUCUCGCCAUUUGUGACAGCGCGGAUUUUGAUGCGAUGACUUGGCAGCAGUCUCCGCUUCUUCCAGCUUCGGAAUCCGAGUCCCAACCGCCUCCUGUGUACCAGCCGGAGGACCCGGUUUCAGUGCUGAAUGUGCUGAAUGACAUUCUGCUGUUGGAGAAGCUACGUCUAGAGGACUUUCUGGAUGUGGAUGAGAUCGUGCAGGUGAAAGAACAGGAAAAGGAGGUGCGAAGGAAGAGGAUGGCCAAAUUGGAAGGAGACGAGAUUGACGAGGGAGCUCCCGAUGACGCUGCAAAAGGUGAUCAGCCUCACAUCUUUGGCGCAAAACUGCUUAACGCUUUGGAUCGUUCGUCUGUCAUGACGGUGAUUGGCGGGUACCAACAUGAGAUUCCAACUGUUGUAUAUGCUUGUGUCGAAGAGUUAUACCGUACUGGCAUCUAUCAAAAUGGUCUCUUUCGUGCGCUUCCAAAUCGUACCCACCUUGUGGAGCUCGUUCACAUGUUCGAUCAGUUGGAACCUGAGUCGUCUCCACCAUCCUUGCAUCAUGCAUCGAUGGCAGACAUCUGUGCUUUGCUCUCUUCCUAUGUCAAUUCACUCCCGGAGCCCAUUGUUGACCGAGUGGUGCACAAUGCCCUCUGGUUUUGGUGCGUCAAUCCUAUUUCAACCCGUGACGAGGAGAAGCGCAGAGAAUUGAAGGGCGAGUCGGAGACUCAGACACGCGCUCUAGCCCUUCCAAACAAAAUGUGGCGCAAGCGAUCUCAUUCGGAGCCACGAAUUGCGACUGUUACUGCUAGUGCGCCUACAGGCAGCAAAACACCAGAAGAGCUGCGGAAGGAGGUAGCGGAUAAAGAACGCCCGAGGAUCGACAUCGCCCGACACGUGCUGAAGCUGCUCCCUCCGGAAAAUUUGGCACUGUUCGCAUACCUCUUCGCGUUCUUUACCCAGAUCCCGCUUUGCCCAGAUAAUGGACUCACGUACGAGGACGUUGCGCGGAUAUUCGGCCACCGCAUCUUGGGUGGACCGAGUAAAAAUGCAGCGCGGGUGCUCAUGGUGUGGCUGCUGAAUCGCUGGCCUCAGAUUUGCAAGGUCGCAUUGGACGAGGGGGAUACGAUAGAGAGCGCGCUGGAGGGGAAGCAGCUGAGGAAGCCCUUGAUGCGCAAAGAUUCGGAGAAGGCGGGAAGGAGGGCUUCUGUUCCAGUCAGCCAAAACACGUAUGCUUGGACCGAAGCUUCAAGGGAGGUUGUACCUGAGCAGGCUUAUCCGCAUACGCCUCCGUCUCGCGAGAUGCCGCCACCACCGGUUCCAGCGCAGGUGAGAGCUAGAGUAUGGGGGCGGCCCUACUCGAUGUCGAUGUCGUCGGAGAGUUCUUGUGGGACGUACGCCUCAAGCACUGCGAGUGAGCAAAGUGAUGUUCCAGUUCCCCCGGAACUCUAUGUAUCCAUUAUGCCGGAGAUGGAUGACGUGAAGGCGGAGCAUGAGGAGUAUACGCCGCAUGAACGCUUGCUUCAUGUUGUGCAGGAGCAGGAGCAUCAUCAUCAUCCCCGGUACCAGGAGUUAGGAUACAUCAGAUCGUCGUUAGUUAGUGAAGAUGAGAGCGUGGUUCGCGCGCAUGAACUAUACAAGAUUGGACAGGACUGUGGACCGGAAGAUCUCGAAAGUUUGUACUUGUCAGCUGAAGAUGGUCACGAUGGGUUUCAUGAGGAGCAGCGAAGCGAAUGGGGGCGCCCUUCCUCUGCUCGCCCAGACUCGCCCACGCUCCCAGCUGAUCUCCCAUCGUCCAACCGGAAGCUAUCUUCCGCAUUGCAGCGAAUUUCCGACCUCGAGAGUGAGCUGCAGCGCACUCGCGCUAGUGAUAGCGGCAACGUAUCCGAAGCUCACACACCUAAUGGGCUUCCCGUGUCUUCCCGUGCUAUCUUUCGCGGGCCUAUGAACGAACUGCAAGACGAGUUUGAUGUGUCUGACAGAGAGAUGAAGAGGAAAUUGAACACAGCGGUCCAUGAACGCGACAGUGCGAGGAGGCUCAUGAAUGAAUUCCAGAAAUACCUCGACGGGGCUCGGGAUCAGGGUGUCUGA